UGUCAGAUCACCUUGAUAAUAAGAUCCAGAACAAUCAGUAUUAUGCUUUGAGGCCUAAAUGAGUGAUAUCAGACUUCGACUAGCACUCUUACGCUGUGCAGGGAGGGUCAGAUCAGGUUAAGUGGAUUUACUUGAUGCUUGCAUAAAAUCUCCAUCUCCUUUGUAGUUUUUCUGUCUUUCUUUUCACCACUUGACCCGCAGUCCAUGUCUGCCCUUCCUUUGCAAUCCAAUUUGUCCACCUUUCUCUACCCGCCCUUCCCUCUUUCUCCAUCUCUAUCUCUUUAAGUAAUAAGAUUUCGACUGUUGAGCUGGAGUUUUAAAGGCCUAAAGCACUCACUCGCAUAGACCGGCGCCAUCACUGUCCCUCGAUUGCAGCACUGCCACACCUCCAACUCUCUGUGAUCUUCCUCCACAGAGUGCAGGGAAAACAAAUCACGGGGAGAGGAGUGGAGAGGCAGUGAAGGGUGUCUCUAAAAUAACAAACUUUGCAGGAUUUAAAGGAGCAAAGAAAACAAAUCAAAUAAAAAAUACGAUGCCUUGACAGCAAGAAGAAUCUCUGGAUAUAUUUCUCUUCUUGUGGGAGUCGAGGAGUUUCAAGGGCUUGGAUCAUUUCCCAGUCUCUCACCAUGGUGGACCUGUUCCUCAACCGAGUUCUGGUCGAGAACAACUGGGACCAGGACGAACUCAACACAGAGCGUGAGAUCACCGGGAUCCUUGAAAACCGCAUCCUGAUGCUGUUCUUCGCAUCAGCAGACUGUGACAAGUGCCAGCGGUUUGUGCAUGUCCUGAAUGAUUUCUUUAAAAGACUGAAAGAUCCAGCGUAUAUCGAAUACCCAAAACUGCUCGCACUCAUCUACGUCAGCCUGGACCAAUCAGAGGAGCAGCAGGAGAGAUUUCUCAGAGAUCUGCACAAAAAGGUUCUUUUUCUGGCCUUUGAGGAUCCGUAUAGGAAGGAACUGCAGACCAUGUUUAAGGUGAAGGACGUACCAACCGUAGUGGUGCUGCGUCCUGACGGCUCUAUCCUCUCUCCAAACGCUGUGCAGGACAUCUGUCGUUUGGGUUCUGAUUGUUUCCGUGACUGGCAAGAGUCAACCGAGCUUGUCGAGAGGAGCUUCAUGCUCAACGAGGAGUUUGACAACCUUAAUCUGCGCAGUGCCACUGACCCCGUGAGGAGGCUCAAGUACAAGACAGAGGACGACAAGAGGAAAAAGAGAUGGUGGAACUUUUGGGGCAAGGGAACGGAGGGAACUGUGGAGGACAGGGAGACAAAUGGAACAUGGGAUAUGAAGAAAAAUGAGGGAGAUAAAGGCACAUGGUGGAAAAGUUAAGGAAAAAGACAAAAAGAAGAAAAGGCCUAACUACUCCUUUCAAGUAUAGCAUUAUGACCACUGACAGGAGAAGUAAAUAACUUUGACCCUCCUGUGACAAUUCAGUGUUCUGCUGAGAAACGUUUGGACCUGACAUUCAUGUGGAUGUUACUUAGACAUGUAGCACCCACCUAGACCAGACCAGACACCCCCACCCCAUAGCAAUGACACUCCUUGUUGGCAGCAGUCAUCCCCAGCAGGAUGCAGCCUGACACAGACACACACAAACAUGCUUUAGGAAUAACUAAUUCCCCCCAUUAACUCAUACAGACACAUAUAAAGACGCUCAACACUGUUCAUGCCAAGGGGGGUCCAAGGCCCUUAACCAUAGGGGCGCCACCGCAAAGAUCACUCCAACCUGGGUAAAGAGGUAGGCCCAGGCCAAAGGGACCCAAGGGAACGGCAUCCUGUUGUUAGUGGGGGUCAGACACACCACAGGACACAGGCACAAGGGAGACCUACACAGUAUUAGGAAGGUGGUCAUAAUGUUAUGUUUGAUCGAUGUAUACAGUUAAUAGUAAUAGUUAUAUAGUUAACUCAAUAACAGCUGUUUGUUCUGUAUCUUAAUCAAGACUGUUUUUUAUAUACUGUAUAUAAUCUACAGUUGUAAUAUAAUCUAUAAUUGUUGUUACUGUCAUAAGAACGACUGUCACUGUUGUCACAUACAGAAACAAAUGUGCACACGUACAGACUCUCAAACCAUUUCUGCCUAAACGAGAAACAAAUUCAGCUUCACAAAUCAAUAUUUGUGUGGAUCAAAUGACCGUGUAUAAUGAGGAAUUAGUCGUUACAUACAAUCUCAACUGCGCAUGUAUUUUAGCCUUUUUUUCUUUUUUCUUUUUUUACGUCAUUCUUUUGUGUUGCUGGCAUUUCACUUCAAGCCCUGACAAUUCAAUUUCCGGCAGCACCAGGCAGCUGUUCUAAGAAAACUACUGUAAUAUCAGAAGUGAAACCAGUAAUGAACACACUGUGCUUUACUGCCCAGUACGGUAAACAAACAAGGCUAGCUACUUACCAAGAGGUGAAAAUCCAGCUUUCUGAGACUAAUGGUUCAGAUGUUAUUAAUCAAAGGAUUUGACAGAGAAGUGUUCUAACAAGGAAGCAAAUGGACUUAAAUUAGUCUGUGGAAACCCAGUUCCAAACGGUGGCCAGCAUCUUCUGAAUGUGUUAACAAGCAAGUUUUUACAGCUGCUGCUGCUGUGUGUGUGUAUGUGUGUGUUUAUACCUUUUUGUGGAUUUUUAAAACCCAACAACAGGCAGACUACUGACUGCAGAAGAACAGAUGAGUAGGAUUUAGUGAAGUCUAAUAUGGAAUAUAUCUCAUCUCAUCUCAUCUCAUCUCAUCUCAUCUCAUCUCAUCUCAUCUCAUCUCAUCUCAUCUCAUCUCAUCUCAUCUUCUAGUACUGCUUAUCCUCAGUAAAGUCAUGGGGGUUGCUGGAGUCUAUCCCAGCUGUCAUAUGGAAUAUAGCAUAAAUAAAUAAUUGUGUUUUCAUUAAGGUAUAAUCAUGGAGUCUGUCAAGAUGUGCCACCAUAUUUCCACAGUAGCCAACCAGACUUUAUUUUUUUUGCUUUUACUUUCUCUUAUGUGGUGUUCAGUUGUAAAUAAAGCCCCUUUCAAAAACCUGGGUCAACUCCGGUUAUUCGGUUUGACGUUGAUGUAUCUCCCUGUUACAUUCUGAUUUUGGCACUGUAUGGCCUGUCAGACGGUAUCACUGUAGAAGCUCCAGCUAAAAAGCAGAACAAACUUUUGGUCUAAUUUUAUUUUCAAUCAAACAAAUCAAAUGUGUUGUUACACAGUCAUUAAUGGAAGUGCAUUAGUGAAUUAGUGCUACGUCAUGUUUUGGAAAUAACACCAAUCGGGGAAUGCAUGUGCGACUGCGUUUAUAUACAGCUUGUAUAACGAUCUCCCACACUUUUUUAAUGAUCAUGGCAGCACUCUGAAUCUGAGGAAAACGGCUGCAGAUAUCGGGCUCCGUGAAAGACGGGGGUUUGACCGGUCCAUUCUUCAGGUCAUCAUCCAACUGAAAGCAUAAAAAAAAUACACCAUGCUGCCCAUUGUUUACCUGCAAUGUACAGGAUGACGUAUGAGGGAGGAAAAAACAGAAAAAACACGCAGCUCUCACAGUGGGAGGUCUGAACUGGGAUUUCUGGUGAUGUGAAAGCCACGAAAGGCGAGUUGACCCAGGUCUGAAAAUGCCGUCGACCCAGGAUUUUCAAUGUAAAAGGGGUAAAAGAUAUUUUUUUAAUUAAUCCCACAGUGGUUUUGUAAGUGAAAUAAAUAUCUUUUUAGUCACUGUGUGUUUGAUUUACGAAAAUCACAUAUUUUGUCAUUUUAUUAUGCUUUGUUAACUUAAGUACUAUGUGUUGCCUCAUAUUUGUUUGUUACUAAAUAGUUAAACAUACAUUGUACUGCCCAUCAAAAACAAUAAAGUCUAUAUUCUUAUAAAUUAAA